AUGGAUUUUGGAUCUAAGUACGUGUAUAAUUAUAGUUAUUCCAGUGAAGAAGAAUUAUCUGAUUCAGGCGGCGAAGACCAUGAUGAAAUUCAACUCAGAAAAGGUUCUAAAAUAGUACCGUCGGCAGCAGCGGAUGGAGAUGUUACUGUUAGUACUGUUAGUACUGACGCAGCACUUGACACAAAGAAGUUGCAAAUGCAAGAGAAAAAAAAUCAUUUGCCACAUGAACAAAAUAUGAAACAAAAACGUCGUUUAAGAAAAGCAGACACUAAUGUUUUGAGCGUUCAAUUCAACCGCUUACUACAACCAACGGAAAUGCAUGCCGGUGAUUUUAUUAAAUGUAGUGGCUGUACCGCCAUAGCAUCUCAUCUUAGUAAAAUAACACCGCAACAGCCACAAGAGAAACUCGCUGCUGAGGAAGAAGAGCAAAUACCAUCAUCACGAUGGUUAUGCGAAUUUUGCAAUCAAAGCAAUAGUACAGAUAUUGAACAAAACGAUUUGCCCAAACAAGAAGAUGCAACUUAUCUUGUUCAACCGGCUCCAGUUGUCCAUGGUAGUGACAUGAGUGGUGUGGAUAAUAGUAUAGUGUUCUUUUUAAUUGAUAUUUCUGGCUCGAUGAGCACAACAACAUUAGUAAAUGGAACAUUUCAAAUGCCAAAUGCACAGAAACAAAAACAAUACGCUGCCGAACAUUUUGACGGCGCACAAAUGAUUCGCCAACAUCGUCAAACACAUGUCACACGUCUUCAGGGUGUUCAGAUGGCUGUGGAUGCCAAUUUAGAUAAUUUAGUCAAAGUCAAUCCAACAAGACGUGCUGCCUUAUUAACAUUUAAUCAUGAAUUAACAUAUUAUGGUGAUGGAACACGCGAUCCUUUGAUUAUUCGUGGUGAUAAAUUAAAUUCAGAAGAAGAAUUACGUCGAGAAGCUGCACAAGCAAAUGCUGAUGAGUUAAAGCCAAUUAAAGAAACGAAAAAAAAACUAAUCGACCGUGUUUAUGAUCUAGAAGAAGGAGGACAAACAGCAUUGGGCUCGGCUGUUAUAUUUGCAUUGAAUGUAGCAUCAAAACGUCAAGGCUCAAAGAUUGUCAUAUGCACAGAUGGUAUGGCUAAUCGUGGUUUAGGAAAUUUGGAAACAGCAAACGAUGAAAAAUCAGAGAAAAAUGUCAGAUUACAAGCUAUCGAAGAAGGAAAUCAAUUUUAUGGCAAUAUUACAGCUAUAGCAAGAGAUAAAGGUGUUUCUAUAUCGGUUAUUACAAUCAAA